AUGUUGAGAUCGAUUUCUAGAUCUUCGUUGUUGAGAAGGUCUAUUGCCACUCAAGCAGCUCCCAGGGCGGAGAUUACAGAAUUGUCAAAUGGUCUAGUUGUUGCUACAGAGCCAAACUCCAAUGCUUCGACUGUAUCUGUUGGUAUUGUUUUUGGUUCAGGUGCUUCUUCAGAAAAUCCAUACAACAAUGGUGUGUCUAAUUUGGCGACUUCGACAUUUAGAUCCGUUCACGCCCAUGAUGCGAUGAAACACGGGUUUUCAUUGUCUUCUGUUGUUGAUAAAGAGUAUCAAUCGUAUAUUGUGAAUUCUGUUCCUACCAAUGCUUCCAAAGCGUUGGAAUUUUUACAGUCUAAGCUGUUAGCUCCUAUUUCUGAGUCUGCGUUCCAACAAGUGAAGACUGACACUUUAAAUAAGGUGGCUGCUUUUGAAGAAAAUGAUCAUGCUGAGCGUGUUAUGGAACACUUGCACGCUACUGCCUUCCAGAACACACCUUUAUCUUUGCCAAAGAGAGGUACUGUCGAAAGUUUAGCUGAUUUAGAAAAAGUAGAUCUCGAGUCCUUUGCCAAGAACCAUUUUAUUGCUUCCAAUGCUGUUGUUGUUGCCUCUGGUAAUAUUUCACACGACGACGUGCUCAAGUCUGUUGAAUCCCUAGUCCGUUUGCCUUCUGGAUCCAAGCCAGUAAACAAAAAGAAAUCUUCCUUUUUGGGUUCUGAAGUUAGAAUGAGAGAUGAUACCCUCCCAAAGGCGUGGAUUUCUUUGGCAGCUGAAGGUGAAGCAUUUAAUUCUCCACACUACUAUGUUGCUCAAGUUGCUGCACAAAUAUUUGGUUCCUACGUAGCCCAUGAACCUUCUUCUAACUUACAAGGUAUCAAGUUAUUGGACACAGUCAGAGAAUGGCAUUUAGCAGACUCCUUCAACCACUUUUCUACAUCUUACAAAGAUUCUGGUUUGUGGGGUUUCUCUACUGUUAUUUCCAACAUUCACCAAAUUGACGAUUUGAUGCACUUCACGUUAAAGCAAUGGAACAGAUUGUCCAUAUCCAUCACGGACACUGAAGUGGCUCGUGGUAAGGCCUUGUUGAAGUUGAACUUGGCCAAUGCUGAAUCAGACACUGCUACUGUCGCAACUAUAUUGGGUGCUCAAACUUUGGCUUUUGGUGCCAAGCCGCCCUUGUCUGAAGUAUUUGCCAAAAUUGAUGCCAUCACUUCAAAGGAUAUCAAGAAUUGGGCCGGUGAAAAAUUGUGGGAUCAAGAUAUUGCCAUUGCAGGGACUGGUCAAAUCGAAGGCUUGCUAGACUACAUGAGAAUGAGGAACGGUAUGUCUAUGAUGAGAUGGUAA